GAUACGCCGGUAUAGACAAUGAGGCCCACACCAUCUACCAUUAAUGACGCGAUGUCUGGUUGUAGGCGGGCCAGCUUCAGCACUGCCUUGAAACUCGAAGCCUGGCGCAAUCGAUUUCCCAGCGCCAAAGACGAGCGCUCAGCAGGGCCUCAAUAUCCAGUAAUUCUCGAACAGGGGUGAACUUUGAUAAUUAUAGUAGUGAGUCGGCGGCUAGAGGUUUGGUCUAGCGUGAAAUGAGAGGUUCUCAGAAGCCUGUUACGCAAUAUAUAAGUGAGCGUUUCCAACGGGAUGAUCAGGAGUUCCAUGCAGAUUCAACCCAUUCAGUGACAAUUCACCUCUCCAAAGAAAAGCCCGCGCCUUGAUAGACCAAGGCAGACAUUCUGUCUUCGAAGAAGUUUUGAUAGAUCCAUACCUCAAGAUGAACGCCCUCAAACGCAAAGUCCGGUCACUUAUCGAUUCCGCUAUGACAACUGCGUCCGGCCCGAAACGCCUACUGAAUUUCGACCCCAGUACUCCUGGUCGUCGUGUGUGGCCAGCGGACAAUCCUAGGAAGAAUGCAGAGUGGGAGAUUAGGUUAGAUGCGGGAGAGCCUAAGCAGGAUAACCCCGACCUGGUCGCUGUAAACCUUCAGAUCAAUAGGGAGGCAAAGAAUAGUGGUCUCAAGAGAUUACUCAAAACGAACGGGUCUCACCACACGUACGCUACGGCGUGGGUCAACGUCAAAGAGGACCCAACGCAGCAGGCAGCGGACAAACUUGCCGACGACUUGGUUGACGAUAUCGAGGGAAACAACUGAGGUAUACGAUAUGUUCCCAAUAGGUGUGAUUUUGUAUAUCUGAAUUUUGGCUGCCAGGCCACAUUCGCCGGACUUUCGACCCUGCGUUCUGUUGUAGAUUGAAUAUUUCCUGAUCCGUAAUCAUAUAAUCCACAUGCCUAGGAGGGAGAGUUUGAGCUCUAUAGUUAAGUCUUGCCCUGUUUGU